GUGCCGCGCCACCUCCAUUUUGCGCCGCGGCACGGAGGUGAGCUCGGCAGUCGGGAGCGAGCCGCCGCCGCCACAGAGGGAGGAGGAGGAGGAGGAGGCUGCCCGCUCGCCGAGCACAGACUUCGCCGCGCGCCCGCCCGGCUCGGCCCGCACCGAGACCGCCGCAGCCCAGCGAGCUCCGCGUCCGCGACCAUGAGCGGCUGCCGUGUCUUCAUCGGGAGGCUGAACCCAGCCGCCAGGGAGAAGGAUGUGGAGAGGUUCUUCAAGGGAUACGGCCGCAUCCGGGACAUCGAUUUGAAGAGGGGGUUUGGGUUUGUGGAAUUCGAGGAUCCAAGGGAUGCAGAUGAUGCUGUCUAUGAGCUCGAUGGAAAAGAGCUUUGCAGUGAGAGGGUUACAAUUGAGCAUGCAAGGGCACGCUCUAGGGGUAGAGGCAGAGGAAGGUACUCUGACCGUUUUAGUAGCCGACGUCCACGUAGUGACAGGAGAAAUGCCCCACCUGUAAGAACAGAAAAUCGCCUCAUAGUAGAAAAUUUAUCUUCCCGAGUCAGCUGGCAGCCUAUCUGUGUCGUUGGCCUUAUGACGAGGAGUGCCUGUGGGUUAUCCUAAUCGUUCUGUCUUGGUCACUCUUGGUUGGGCCUGGUUGACUUUCCAGUCAGCUGCUACAGUGUCAGUUGGCCACCUCUAGAUCUGUGUUUGCCGGUCUAGACGUAAUCGAUGCACUCCUUAAGGUGCCACAUUGCAGCGAUCCCAGAGCGUUAACGAGAUCUGAUUCCUAAGUUGAGAGCUGUUCUUCCUGUAACGCUUCCGAAUAAGAGAUCCUGGUCGAAAAGAGUUGAAAGAUACGAAAUUAGGUGGUCGUUGGAAUCCUGAUCGCAGUAAAGUGGUCCUUGGUAACUUCAAGCAUAGAAAAUGUCUGGAUCCGUCAAUAGUCUCCUAAUAGGGAGGGCAGUGCGAUUAAUGGCUUCCAUCGACUGGGUAGUGUUCGUCAAGUGGGUGGCGAAGAGCCAGUCGGGCAUAAAUCAUGACGGUAUCUCCGGUCGCUUAAUGCAGUUUGCUGCUUGGCUAGCCUAGGGAAAUGUUAAUAAAGGUAAAGUAAACUAUAUUUUUAAUGACAUAUGGGGCACAAAAUAAUUGGUGUUAUGUAAAUGUAAUUCUGUAUCUAUACCUAUAUAUACAUAUAUAUAACAUAAUAUAUAAACCUUGUAAUGUAAAUGAAGACUGAUAUAGUACAAAAAUGUGUGGGUAGUAUUUUGCACUCAGUCCAGUAUAUAUAUCUAUAUGAAUGUAUUUUAUAUAUAUUAAAUAUAAUCUUUAUAGACUAAUAUUUUCUGUAAUGUUAAAUGAGACUUUAUUGGCAUUUUGCUUAAAGCAAUUUGCUUUUUUUCAUUUAUUUCGUGCCCUGAUACAGAUAAUUCAAUUUUGAUAGAAUACAAGUAUGGCAAUUGCCAUGUUUGUAAUUUAUCUAACAUCUUCUUUUUCAGUAGUCAUAAUUUUAUUUAGUUUUAAAAAAAUUGUGUAAAUAUAUAAAUAUUAAUUUCACUUCUUUGUAUAACAUAACUGGUCUUG